CCCUACUUGCUUUAAGAUCAAGCUGAUUAAUUCCCUAUUGUUUACCUUUUUGUCUAUAAAUAUCCCCUCCACUUCUCCAUUUCCCCUAUCAAAUUAUUAUUCCCCCAACAAAAUCUCUCAAAUCAUCUAUUUCCAAUAAUCCAUAAUCAAUAUACCCCAUUUCAUUUCCUUUGAAUUCAUACUUAUUUAACUAUGCCACAAAAGGGAAUGAGGAGUGUGUUCUUCAAUUCUCCAAUUUCUUCUUCUGUACCGAGCACGCCGUCGUCCUCGUCGUCCUCGCACUCGUCGUCUCGACCCACUUUACCGGAUUCAAUGGUUGAGGAGAAUCUUGAAGUUGCAGAAUCGUUUGUGAUGAGGUGGAGACCUGAUUCCACCAUUGUUGGUUCUUUGUUUCAAGGAGAUGACCGUGAUGAAGCUCGGAAGUAUCUCAAAGCCGUUAAGGGUUUGCAUAAUUCCAUGCAUAGCCUUGCUUCUCGGGAUUCAUCUUCCCGGAAGCUUAUGCAUGCUCAUGAUUUGAUGAAGAUAGCUAUGGAGAGGCUACAGAAAGAGUUUUAUCAGAUUUUGUCAGCUAAUCGAGAGUAUUUGUAUCCGGAAUCGGUUUCUGGCAUCCAAUCGCCGAUGACGAUAUCGGCCAGAUCGAGUGUUUCUGAUUUUGAAUUGGAAUCGGAAGAUGAAUUCCGAUUUGCUAAUGAAUCUAUUGCGGAGGUUGAGCGAGUUUCUAUGUCGGCUAUGGCGGAUUUGAAAGCAAUUGCGGAUUGUAUGAUAUCGACGGGCUAUGGUAAAGAAUGUGUGAAGGUUUAUAAAAUUGUGAGGAAGUCGAUAAUUGAUGAGAGUCUCUAUAAUCUAGGGAUUGAGAAAUUGAGUUUUUCGAAAGUUCAGAAGAUGGAUUGGGAGGUUCUGGAAAUCAAAAUCAAAAUCUGGUUGAAAGGUGUCAAAACGGCAGUGAAGUCUUUGUUUGAAGGAGAGAAAAUUCUUUGCGAUCAUGUUUUCUCAGGUUCUGUUCCAAUCAGAGAAUCGUGCUUCGCUCAAAUUUCCAAAGACGGAGCAGAAAUUCUGUUUGGAUUUCCAGAAUUAGUUGCGAAAUACAAGAAAACUCCGGAGAAAAUUUUCAUUAUGCUAGAUCUAUACGAAGCCAUAGCCGAUCUCUGGCCGGAGAUCGAUUACAUUUUCUCAUCCACAGCAACAUCAAUGAUACAGUCACAAGCCGUCAGCUCACUAAUCAAACUCGGAGAGAACAUUCGAACAUUACUCUCGGAAUUCGAAAUGGCUAUUCAGAAAGAAUCAUCGAAAACGCCUGUUCCUAGAGGCGGAGUUCAUCCACUCACUCGCUACGUGAUGAACUACAUCUCAUUCCUCUCCGAUUACAGUGGAAUACUAAACGACAUUGUAGCCGAUUGGUCUUUAGCAACAAAAUUAUCAAUGCCAGAAUCAUAUUACGGAACACCUAAACAAGAAGAUAGUCCAAUUACCUUACGUUUCGCUUGGUUGAUUCUCGUCCUCCUUUGCAAACUGGACGGCAAAGCAGAGCAUUACAACGACGUCGCUCUCUCCUACUUGUUCUUAGCAAACAAUCUCCAGUACAUCGUUGAAAAAGUUCGUACCUCGAAUCUGAGAUUCAUCCUCGGCAGUGAAUGGGUUGAGAGACACGAAUCAAAGAUCAAACUGUACUCCUCCAAGUACAGACGCAUUGGAUGGAGUGGAGUUUUCUCGUCGCUACCGACGGAUGUGACGGCGGAAAUAUCGCCGGAGGAAGCAAGAGAAUCGUUUAUAAAUUUCAACAGAGCUUUUGAAGAAACUUACAGAAAACAAACCUCAUGGAUCGUCCCCGAUCAGAAGCUUCGCGAUGAAAUAAAGAUCUUAUUAGCGAGGGAAAUGGGAGCUCUCUAUGGCGAGUUUUACAAGAGGAAUCGGGUUCGGGUUAGGCGGGUUUCUGGAUCGGACCAUGCGGUCCGAUUAUCGCCUGAUGAUUUGGGCAACUAUUUAUCGGAUCUAUUUUACGGGCAUGGAUCCGAAAGUGUUGGGAGCGGGUCCUCGUCUCAUUCAUCAUCCCAUUCCUCGCCGUCUUCUCGAGGGCGAUUGGCCCGUUGACACGUGGAUGCCCCUCCCCCCGGUUGUUUUACAUUAUUCAUGUACAUAAAAUUCUUUUAUACAAAUAAAUGAAUUAGAGUUUGGUGGUACCCUUUCUUCUUAUUUA